CAUGUCUAGAAUCCGGUGCGAAGGUUAUGGCCACUUUAUAUUUUCUUGUAGACCACACAUGAAUAAAAUAGCUGAUUUAAAUUUCCAGGGCCUAGAUCGAUAGAGUUUUUAUUUUUUAAGCGCGUAGAAUUCCCGUGAAAGGUGUUCAUCAUUUUUUUUAUUUAGGCAAACAAUUGACGAUCGUGAUCCGCGAUGGCCACACCUCAACCUCCUCCCCAACACGUACUGAAUGAAAUGAGACAACAACUGGAGCUAGCCACAACAAAAUGUGGUUCACUUUUGCAGCAGUUAGAUAUAGUUAAAGACAGGGUUAGAAAAAGCAGCAGCACAAACUUACUCGACAUGGUUGAAGAUGAAGAAAGUUCACAAGUGCAAGAUCCAGAUAAACAAGAUACAGGAGAUGAUAAUAAAGUAGUACGAAAGGACGAUGAAGGGGAUGAUAUGUUUGAUGACAGGACAGACAAUAUAGACAAUAUGUCUGAUGUGUACCAGGAUUUGAGUGAUAGCCUAAACAUAGAAUUAAAGGAAAUACUCAGGAAGAAUGCAACACCGACAGAGAAAACAGCCUUAGAGAUGGCCCAAGAAGGAUCACCAGACACUCAGCAGAAACAACACAAAUCCGGAACAGCCGAUUCGUCAACUAAGAGCAGCAAAUCUAGGCAAGACAUCAUCGAUAUUUUCUUUAAACGCCUUGAAACCAUUGAAAAUGGAGAUGAGAAAAGCAACUCCGCUCAUAGUGCCACAUCUGGAGCAUUGGACAACAUUGAUACUUUCUCCUAUGAUGAUGGUGAUGAUUAUAAUGAUGAAGCAGAGGAUGAUGAUAUCGGUGAGUUUUUCUCUUCGAUUGACCCAAAGGAACGAAAUACAGCAGACUCUAAUGUAGAUGAGCCUGUUGUGAAUAAAAAGCUUAAAGAAGAAUUAAAAGAUGAAAAAGUUGAAACUGUAUCACAGCCUCCAAAGAACGAUGAUAAUGAGUCAGUCAAGCCCCCAAAAAAUGAGAACAAAAAUGAUGUCUCUAAGAAGAGGUCAAAAACAAAGACUAUAAAUAUCCCAACCAAAGUGCCAGCAAAACUUUCACCGUACUUGACCUCAUUGGUCAAAGUUUCAAAAAAGCCCAGUAAAUCGACACUAAAGACCAAAGGUGCAAAGAAACCAAUUCAGAAAACGGCUCCGGCUAAAAAGUCAAAGGACGAUAAACAUAUACUGCCCAUGAAUGAUGUGCUUUCUUUUAUGAAAAAGGUAAUGAAUAAAAAAGAUAUAAGAAAAUAUGAUAAAAGCCCCACAAGACAUAAAAGCUCUAUUAGGUCAGGAAAACGGAAAGAGGACUUUGUAAAGCGUGUACCAUUUACCAAACCUCCGACUUUUGGAUACAGGACUAAUGAACCUGUUAGGAGGUCUAAAUCUACUAUUGCUCCACCUGUUGCAAGGCAACCUCCUAAAACACAGCAAACAAAAUUUAACACUCCAGAACAAAAUAACAAAAAAAAUACUGAGACUAAUAAAAAAUCACCAGAGGAAACAAACACAACUCCCCCUGUAAAACCAUCUUUAGUGGAUCUUCAAAUUAAGGAUGCAAACAAAGUUAAGCAAAUAACACCAGGGAAAGAAGCUGAAAAAUCUAAUGAAGAUGAAGAUGUUCAUGAGAAACUUGUAACAUCUCUAGUAGAGAAAUUAAGAAACAUAAAACAGCAGGAUCAAAGGAUUCUUUUAACAAAUGUACAGUCUGGAGACAAUAAAGUGGAGUUGGUUCAAACAAAAAAAGUAGAAAAAAAUACUUCUUCUAUUUCCAAAGGUCCACCUCAAGGAAAAUUAUUGCACAAUUACAGUCAAAUAAAGUCGAAAUUUCUUGUAUCAAAAAAUGAUACUUCAAAUAAAACAUACGUUGUUACAAAACAAGAACAAAACAAACUUCAAAGUACUAAUAGUAAAGUGGAAACUAAAGCAAAUGUUCAACAACUCAAACAAGAAAUAGGAGCAAAAAUGAAUUCACAAAAUAAAUCUCCUAAAUCGCCCCAACUGAAAUCAACUACAAAUAACCAAAGUAAAGUUUUAAGGGACACAAAAUUAAAUGAGACUACACCACACACUGAACAAUUUAAUAAACAACCACAAAUACAAAGAAAAACUGAAAUUAUGAAGAAAGUCGGUAUAUUCGAACAAAAAAAUAUAGCAGGUAAUGUAGUUAAGACAACUGUGACAAAAGUACAAAAACCUAAUGUUGUUGUGAAAGAAGGAAACCAAAGGAGUAACACAAUGCCUAAAAUAAUGGGAAAUGUAAAACCAAAUGUUCCUCCAAAAGAAAUUACAAACCAGACAGAUUCAGUUAUUAAAGAAGUCACAACUCCAAAACCUAUGGGCCCCCCAAAAACUGAAGCUAAUAAAACAGUAGUUAACAACAUAUUAACACAAUUCCAAAACCAAGCAACAAAAAAACCUGUCUCUACUGCUCUAAAUGUUCCCCCAAAAACAGCGUGUGCGUUUCCACAAAAGCAUUCUGCAAACAAUAGUCUGAUUACAGAAUCUCAAGUUAACAAUUUGCAGUUAUCUACAAUCAGCAAAGCUAGAUCUGAAAGAAGCUUUCAACCAUCUGUGAAAUUCAACAGGAUACCGUUCAUUGUCGGGCAAUCGACCAACAAGAGUUACCACAUAGGGCUAAACAUCCAGCAAACUCUUUCCUUGUUCAAACUUACACCGAGUCUUAUCUCAUUGAGCGAAGGAAACCCUGAUAAAGCAAUUUCAGAAAGGUCUUCCGCGUUCACUAUCUUCACGUCUCCAAGCAUUCUCCAAGAUAAAUUCCGGCACCCAUCCUGCCCUGCUUGUGUGCACACUAAUGACUCGGAUGAUGAAGAUGGUGACCCUUGGUCAAUCCCUCAGAAAGACAACUUUGACCAAAGGACUCAGGCCACCUCUCAGUGCAACUGCCUCCCCAAAAAGUUGGUCAGCUUUCAUGAAGUUCUCAGCCAGCUUUUCCAGUCAGACAACAAACUAUUUUCAAAAUAUCAGAAUUAUUUUGUCAAUGCUAUCCCUGCACAAAAUGAGGAAGAUGUUGAAAAAAUAAAAGAAAUGGUAACAGACUCGCAGAAAUCUUCUGUCCCGUACAGACCUAAUAACACUUUCUACUACACAAGACUCCUCAGGAGCAUCCAGAAAUUGCAGGACACUUUCGUCAAAUGAGUGACUACUACAAAUUUUAUAAAUCGAAGAAAUUGCAAAAUUCCAUGAUGUGUAAUUUCUUCAAGUGGCCAGGAAAUAGUUCAUGAGAAUGUUUAGACUAGAUGGAAACUGCAGGUUAGAGAAUUAUGUUGAUAAUCACAUGCUUUGGUAGUGUCAGACGAUUAUUGUGCUAUGCACUUAUACGAAAAAAAAAGUCACACCAUGAAGAUCUAGGGGUGCUGCCAAAAUAAAAUAAUUAGUGGUAAAUAUGA